UAUUACACUGCACUAUCAACAGCAUCACCUGCUUUUUAUAAAACACCUCAAGAUUAGCUGCUUACAUAUACCAGUAAAACAAUCAAUCAAUAAUGAAUUAAUAAUUUAAAAUAUUAUCGAGAUUUGUUAAUUUAGGACUUUUGGACACUAUGCCAUGUCUAUCAAUCAGAUAGUUCGGGUUUUAGGAUGUUUGAUGGUUGCAUAUCUGUCAACACAAACAACAGGAGCAUCUACAUUACAAUACGGCGUCAGAGACAAGAGACUCUCUGACUAUUGCCCUAGCUAUUGCGACAAUACGGGCAACUUCGUUGAGGAGGUUACCUGCAUUUCUCCCCCGUACUGUUGCGUUCAACGAUCCGCUGGCGGGUUCGAAGGACUUAAAUGCUGCGAAAAUAGAAUUGACCGAAUAGACUCUUCUUACAGGGAUGGCCAUAAUUGCAAGGAGAAUGGAAGGAACAAAAUAAAACUGAGUCGCAAGAGAAGAGAAACCAAGCCUGUUGGUGAAGUGUGUCCAGCAUUCUGUGUUGAUGGGUCAUGGCAUGAGGCAGUGUACUGCAUGAAGGGUUACUGCUGCGAGGAGACGACUUCCCCAGGACGAUUCUCCCUCAUAUGCUGUUCAAAUAGUAACAGUAGUGUCGUUAACAAAUACAAACAGGGCCACAACUGUAGGAGUGCAGAUAUCUUAAACGGCUAUUGGAGCAGUAUACUUUACUCUGGGAUUGUACUUGGUGGCUUCACUUUGCUACUCUCACUAUGCAUCUACUGUUACCAGUGCUGCAAAGACGGAUUCAAGCUCAAGAGACACAAUCGGCCAAGACCCUCACGGCCUCCGAACAAUAAUUCAACGAACGGUGGAACCGUCGGCAGCAUAUCCAGUUCUGUUCCAGAGAGAGACUCGCCAGACCCACCAUCUCCGCCCAGUUACGACAACAUCAAUAUGACUCCGCCUGGACCAUAUUCAUCCGAGCCAAUUAUGCCCCCGCCUUACAGCACAGAGAAACCACCUCCUUACGUACCAUAGUCUCGAAUCUCAGUAAUUGAUUCAAAUCAGAAAUAAUCACCAUUGCCAUCUAUAGUUGAACAUGUUGCUCAUGCGAUAUGAUUGAUUAUUAAAAAGGAACACUUUUUACGUACUGUAUCGUUCAUGGUUUUAUCUCAUGAACAACAUUAGUACAGUUCAUUGACUCUUUGAUUAAUAAUUUGAACUGCUGGAAUAUGGUCAGUGCAGAUAAAAGGAUGUACUCAUUGUGAAUUCAUGAAAAUAAAUUAUUGUUCUCAUAAUAUUUUUGAUAUAAAAAAGUAACAAUAAAUUAUCUGAUUUUGACAGACUGAACGAAAUGAUUUAUUUAUCUUUACAUAAAGUUACUUAAAUCCAAAUAGUGCUAUUUGUAAUGUUAACUCUUUGUAAAGUCAAAAUGCAUCAAUGGUGUAGGCCGAGCAUUGGUUGCCUUCCAAGCAGUGGGUCCGGGCUCGAUUCCUCGCUGAUGCAGCA